AUGGCCGCACCUGCCUUCAAUGAGCAAGGUCCUGCGAUACAUAUCGCGGCCCGGGGCUGCGACGAUCAGCUCCGCGAUAUGAUACAAACCACCCACCAAGGUAAAACCGCUUUGAAAGAGCUUCAACAAAGGUUUCAGGCCUGGGCAAACAAUUCGGGGGUCUUCGCAGAGCAACAAAUCUGCCUCGACGCUCGAUUGAGCGACCACAAGCCGCCGCGAUUGAUCAUUUUGGAGAUGAUCAAGCUCAUACAGCGCAAUCUCGAAACUGCUCACUUUGACACAGCGCGGAGCAACACUAUCACUGUGCAAGAGAGCAGACUCGAGACAAAGUUGGGGGACAGGUUUCCAGGAACCACUGUCCAAUUGAGUGAUACCGAGGAACCUGGCCUUGAUUUAGAUAUGAGGUACCUGAACGUCGCCUUCAAGGGGGUAUUAGGCGCUCUUGAAAGGCUCAAUCGCAUAGCCGCGUUGAUCUCAAAAUCUUCCAAAUUAAGUCGGCCAGCUAGAUUGGAAGAAUUCAUCCGAAGAAAUCCACAAGACUCAGAAACUGAGAUAGUCAUCAAAGGCAUGGUCUCCGGCAAGUUCCCGGACAUUCCUGGCUUGCUGAAGACACAACUUAUAAGAUCCAUGAUCUAUCGAAGAAAACGACUGGAAUACGAAUGCGGCAGACGAGAAAGGUUAUACAACACACGUGCUGAAGAAGAAAAUGCGAGCGCCUGGCAUGAUGAUGGUAAGGCAUCAACGUAUCAUCAGUCGGCCUUCAAUGAGGGCUAUGACGCAAUACAAUUAGAGCGGACCACCUCAGUCAGCACGACGACAGCAAUAGGAACGGAGAUCCAAUACCCUCGGCAACCAAAGGCUGAAGCUUCUGAAGACAUCACAAGGAAAUGUCAGUUCUGUCGCAAGCAAUUCCCAACGGAGCAAGUGACUAGAACUCGGUGGUGGAGGCAUCUUCAAUCUCUGUGCUACCAGUCAAUCAGCAUUGGAGUUGAUGAUGAAAAUACAGAAGAUGGAGAUAUAGAAGAUGAAGGUACAGAAGAUGAAGGUACAGAAGAUGAAGGUUCAAAAGAUGAAGGUACAAAGGUUAGCGACAACACAGAAGGGGGCGUUGCCGAAGGGGAGAAUGAGAGAUCCUCGUCCGAUGGUAUCGAUCGUUCCAGCGGUCAAGGCCAGAGGAACGAGUUUCGAGCAACUGACGUAAUUUUUCAUCGGUACGGCAACGUCCGAGUCUUGCAAAAGAUUCUACUAGCCUUUGGCAUUCCAAAGACCGAUAUCAACAUAAGGGCUACAAUGGAAAUGGGUUUCGAACUACAGCUUCCUCGGCGACUGACAUUGGUUCGUCAAGCCUUCUACUCGCCCCAAACUGCUUAA